AACAUCUGUGUAAUGAUUUACCAAUCAGCAGGGGAAAGAAAACACAGCAAGAGGAGCAGGCAGAAGAGGACAGACCUUUAUAGGCUUGACGCUUCUUUCCUGUUGAAAUUAGAUCUGUGAUUGAAUCCAACAGCAUGUUUCGCGUCCUCCUGUUGCUCUGUGCGGGUCUUUCCCUGUCUACCUGCGACAUCACUGUUCCUCAAGACUUCAGCAUUACUCUUUCUUGUCUUCCUGACGAUGCCACUUCGCUGUCUGAACCUGAAUACACCUGGAGCUUCACGUCCGCUCAGACGCAGCAGCAGCACACACUUCAGGAGAAAGGAAAAAUCCUGAACCUCAGAAACAUAAAUACCACCCAAGAAGGACAGUACAAGUGUGUUCAGGACGGCUUUAAAGAAGAAGACCGUAUGAGGUUGAGCAGAACAUUCACAAUACGCGUGGAAGAGCCCCUAGCCCUCCGAGAAUGGCAGGUCAUCAAAGGAGUAGCUGGGAAUGACGUGACGCUUCCAUGCAAGGCUGCUACGUUUUCCUCUUCCGGAGAGACACAAAACGACUCUGUUGUCUGGAAACGAGAGACAAAAAAUGGUGUGAUGCUUCUCAAGCCCGACAAAAACACAGAUGGCCAAGAGGAGGACAAGACACCUCAGAGGAUUUUCUGGAGCGAGAAUUUUCCUGAUAGAAAGGACUGGGCAAUUAAAAUUAGUCAGACCAAAGAGGAAGAUGCUGGGAUGUACCACUGUGUCAUAACUAAUACAUCUCAAACGCUGUCAGUGGAGCUGGAACUGGAAGCCCCUCCUCUGCCCCGCUGCUUUGGCCACACCGGCCCAUGGGAGGACUGUCAAGAACAGGACAGCAGGUCAGGGACGGUGAUUCUGCAGGAUUCACUCAGAGACUUCUCUGCCUCUAUGUACGCUGAACUUAAAGCCUUAAAACCCGAAGCCAACUUGAUCUUCUCCCCAGUCAGCAUUGCUCUAGCUCUUUACAACCUGCUACUGGGUGCUCGAGCAGAGACCAGAACACAGCUGGAAAGUGCUCUUAGGCUUCCUCCAGAAUUCUCCUGUGUGCAUUAUGAGACAAAGAAACUAAAAAAAGUGAUAAAGGACACGCUGGAAAUCGCCUCUGCUAUCUUUUAUUCCCCAGAGCAACAGUUGGGAGAAGUGUUUGUCAACCAGUCAAAGGAGUUCUAUGAUGCCGUGCCAGAGAAGCUGACCGAUGACGCCGAAGAAAACUUGAUUCUCAUCAAUCAGUGGGUGGCAAAGAAGACCAACCAGAAAAUCACUCAGUUGAUGGAUUAUAUGGAUCCCACCUACACAUUUAUUUUGUUAAAUGCGGUCUACUUUAAUGGUAAAUGGAAGACCGUUUUUGAAUCCACAAAUAAAUGGGACAACUUCACGACGUUUUCAGGUGAGCUCAUAGAAGUGCAGACUCUCUACAGCCCCAAGUACAACCUUCAAAUGGGCUACAACAAAAAAUUACAAGCUGAGGUUGCAAAGUUCCCUCUCACGGGUAAAAACAGCCUGUACAUACUGAUUCCCCACACAACGACAGAAAAAUCCUUUGUGUUGAUGGAGAAUAAUAUAAACAAAGAUUCUAUUGAAGCAAUGAUAUCUGAGAUGAAUAAAAUUCCAGCCCAAACCGCUGAGGUCACACUGCCUAAAAUUAAACUUACAGUGGACACACAACUAGGGGACGUACUGAAGAAACAGGGUUUGUCAGAUCUCUUCUCAGAUCCUAACUUGUGUGGAAUAUUUCAGGAGGACUCUAAAUCAUUCAUCUCAGAAGCUCGUCACAGGGCCUUUCUCUCGCUGACGGAGAAGGGAGUGGAGGCCGCUGCAGCCACAAGCAUCUCGUUUUCUCGCUCCUUCUCUUCUUUUACAGCUCUGCAGCCCUUCGUUCUUAUACUGUGGAGCGAUGAGGCUGCCGCUCCGCUUUUCAUGGGAAGAAUAAUCAAUCCACUCAACCCAUAAAAAGACAUCACAACAGUGUCUCGCCAAAAAAAAAAAAAAUCAAACUUUCAGUUCUACAUUCAUUCAUUCUUUUAUCACAAAUUCAUUUAUGUAACAAUAUCACGUUAUGCAUAGAGUUAGAAUGCAUGCAGAAUCUCGGUCAUUAAAGGUGUGCUUUACAUCA